CUCUACAGUUCGAUCCAAUUCUCGCCUCUUCUGUGUCUAAACCAUAUUAUUUGGCUUCACAAGGAUCCCGAGAUUUGUUUUUAAUAUACCCUCUGCUCCUCUCACAUUCAUAUUUUCUCAAGUUCACACUCAUUCACCAGUCAACUCAUUUGAUCAAAUCAUAUCACUUUUUCAUACAUUCAUCAAUAUACCCUCAUACAUUUUAAAGCGUAGUUGUCACUCUUCCACAUAUUUUCUGUCUAGACAAUAUGGGCGCUGAGGCCUUCUGUCAUGACCAAGAGGGAUGGGGUCCGACGAGCAGUCUUCGACCAAGUUUGACACCAUGUGUCGAAAAUACCAUCCUCUUGACAUUGCCUUCACUGAUCUUGUUGAUCGCAAUGGUCCACACUACUUUCAACAUGUGGCGAUAUGGAAAACCUCAUAAUCUGGGCCGGACCAAUCUGAUCUACUGGCCAACCCAGUUUUUCAUGUUGGCAAGUAUUGUAGCCUUGAUUGCUAGGGCAGUCUUGCUUAAGCAAAUGGACUAUGCACCCGCUACGAUGUUGAGCACCAUCUCUCUUAUUGUUGCCUGGGCAUCUGCAAUCCCCUUGAACUACUUUCAACAUCAACAAGGCGUCCGCUCCAGUGACCUGAUAUUCGCACUCUAUUUCUUCUCGAUUGUUGCUUCAGCUAUUAACAUCCGCACUAUGUCCUUGAUCGGUCAGACACAUGAGGACCAAUUUGUAGCUUUUGUCACCUUCUUUGGCCUUAAUAUCCUCGGAUUUAUCAUCGAGGCUUUCCCUCGUGGACGGACGCAGGUUCAAAAGAAGAGUCAAGUUGGCCGAUUUGAGAAAGCUAACUUGGCCUCUCGUAUUUCAUUCAAUUUUCUUCAACCGAUUAUUUCCAAGGGUUACAAGGUUCCAUUGACAGCUCAGGAUAUCGAUGGGAUGGCUCCUGAGAAGCUCAAGACCGAGCAGAGUUAUCAGAGGCUGAACACUCGUUGGGAAAAAGAUGUAGCCAAAGCUGUGGCAAAAGGAGAGAAGCCUGACUUGUUUUGGACCAUCUUGAGAUCGAACCUUCGAAGCUGGGGUCCUGUGAUGUUUUUCCGUAUUGUUGCCUCCACAUUCACAUAUGUGUCACCAACCUUGAUGGAUGAACUCUUGGGAUUCAUUGGAUCGUAUGCGACAGAAACACCCAAGCCUGUCAGCUUGGGUAUUAUCCUAGCCUUUGGAAUGUUUUUUGCGACGUUGUGUAACUCAUUCUUCAUGGCUCAAUACUUCCAAACGUCCAUGAACAUUGGUAUCGAGGCCAGGACAGCAUUGAUCUCAAUGAUCUACCGUAAAUCUCUCAGGCUAUCCAGUGCUGCGAAACAGAAAUCAACCGCUGGUGAGAUCAACAACCAUAUGUCGGUCGAUGCAGAAAGAUGGGCAGAUGCUACUAGCUUCAUGCCCAUGUAUAUUUCUAUCCCUUAUGAGCUUGCGAUCGCUCUUUGGCUUUUGUAUCGACAAAUUGGAUGGAGUGUGUUUGUAGGAUUUGGUUCCAUCAUUGCUAUGAUACCUGUUCAAGGUCUAGUGGCCAAGGUCUUUACUGCCGCAAAGUCUGGAAAGCUCAAGGCCAUGGAUGAGCGUGUCCGUCUCAUGAAUGAAGUUCUAUCGGGUAUCAAGAUCAUCAAACUCUAUGGUUGGGAAAACUCCUUCAUUGAGCGCGUCCGCACUUUCAGGAAUCGUGAGAUAUCAAUGCUUCGACGGAUUGGCACUGUCUUCUCAUUCAUGUCCAUCAUGUUUUCUGCCAUGCCUUUAAUCGUUUCUUUGGUGUCGUUUGCGGUCUAUGCAUCUGUGGGUGGACCCAAUUUCACCCCUGGAGAAAUCAGUCCUCAAAAGAUUUUUGUCUCGAUUUCAUUGUUCGCCUUGUUGAACCGUCCUAUUGGAAUGUUGUCUCAUAUCAUUGCUUUUACCAUCAAUGUCAAAGUGGCUACGACUCGUAUCCAGAAAUUCCUCUUGGCAGAAGAAAUCGGCCCAUCUGCUACAGAAUCCAUCAAGACCUUACCAGAGGAUCCUUCUGAACCUUUGAUCCAAAUUAAGGAUGCAGUCUUUGCUUGGGAACCUGAGGGCCCUGAAAUCGAGACUGAAAAGGAGAAGAAGAAACGAGAGAAAGAAGAAGCCAAGAAGCAGAAACAAGCUGAAAAGGAGGCUCGCAAGGCUGGUAAACCCAUUCCUGAAAAACCUGUACCUGUCGAGAAGGAUUACGGUCCAACUUUGACCAACAUCAACUUGACAAUCUCUCGUGGAGACUUGACUGCAGUCGUUGGAAGAGUUGGACAAGGAAAGACUUCGUUGUUGAACGCGAUCAUUGGCGACAUGUAUAAACGUCAAGGAAGUGUUAAAGUGUACGGACGCUUAGCUUAUGUAGCGCAGUCUGCUUGGAUUAUUAACGCGAGUUUGCGAGAGAACAUUAUCUUUGGAAACACGUUUGAUCAGGAACGAUACGAUCAUAUCUUGAUGGCUUCAGGACUUUUACCCGAUAUUGCUAUGCUUCCUGCCGGUGACAUGACUGAAAUUGGAGAACGUGGUAUCAAUCUGUCAGGAGGCCAAAAACAACGUGUUUCAUUGGCUCGUGCUGCUUAUGAAAAUGCAGAUGUCUAUCUGUUGGAUGAUCCUCUCAGUGCAGUCGACGCCCAUGUAGACAAUCAUCUUUGGCAGCAUUUGCUCGGACCUCAGGGAUUGCUCAAGGAUAAGACUCGAGUCUUGGUGACGCAUGCGAUCCAUCAUCUCGAACAAGCAGAUCAAAUUGUGGUGAUCAAAGGUGGCGAGAUCACUGAGGUUGGAAAAUAUGAUACAUUGAUGGAAGCAAGGCAAUCGUUUUAUCAGUUAAUUACGGAUUACUCUGUGAAUCAAGGCAAGAAGCGUAAGGAGAAGAAGGAUAGCAGUAACGAAAACGACGAUGAAAGUGACACAGAUGCGGCUUCAGAAGACGGAACCGAUAAAGAUGCCACAACGGUGGCAGCCAAAAAGGACGACAAGGCUGAGUUGAUUGCGGACGAAAAGAUGGUUAUGGGAAGCGUCUCCUGGGGGGUUUACAAGAUCUAUGCUAAAGCCGCUUCUUACAAAUUUGCAUUGCUUGUUACAAUUCUCUUCAUUGUCGGCCAGGCUUUGCAGAUUGGAACCAACGUAUGGCUUAAGCAUUGGACAUCGGUUGCAAGAGAGAGUAACCGCCCAGUUGGUGAAUUCUUGGGGGUUUAUGCAGCACUGGUGUUUGCAGUCAUGGUGAUGAACGUCGGUGCCACCUAUACGGCCAUGGUCAAGGCAGCCAUCCGAGCCUCCACCCGCCUUCAUGAGAAUCUAUUGACACGGCUGCUACGUUUACCCAUGUCCUUUUUUGAUACAACUCCUUUAGGUCGUGUUGUGAACCGAUUCUCGAGUGAUAUCUUCUCAGUGGACGAAUUGACUCCUUGGAACUUUAUCAAUGUCUUCAUGUGCGGAACCUCAGUGUUGGGUACUAUUGUGGUUAUUGCCAUCACUACGCCUGUCUUCUUGGCCGUCGUCCCUCCCUUGUUUAUUGUCUAUCUUCUCGUUCAGACUUAUUUCAUCCAUACCAGUCGUACUCUCAAACGUAUCGAAUCCGUCUCAAAAUCACCCAUCUAUCAACAUUUCAGUGAAACCUUGGCGGGUGUGACCACCAUCCGUGCUCUAGCAGCGAAUGAACGUUUCAUCCAUGAUAAUGCUGCCAAGGCCGAUACUGCCGCCAAUGCUUAUUUCUCUUGGGUUGUCACCAACCGCUGGUUGCAGAUUCGUCUCGAAGCUCUAGGUUCAGUCGUCGUGUUGGCUGCAGCUUUGUUUGCGGUCUUGAGUCGAAACUCGCUCAGCUCUGCCAACGUCGGUCUUGCAUUGUCGUAUGCUUUGUCAGUCACUCAGGAUAUUACUUGGCUUGUCCGUUCGUACUGCGAUCUUCAAAAUCAACUGGUUGCUGUUGAGCGUGUAGAUGAAUACGCCAACAAGAACCCAGAGGCACCUGCAGAGACAGAUGUUGUGUUGCCGGAAAACUGGCCCAAUGAGGGUCGUGUUGAAUUCAGGAACUACUCGACACGUUACCGCGAGGGUUUGGAUUUGGUGAUCAAGAACAUUUCCUUUACAGUUGAACCUGCUCAGAAGAUUGGCAUUGUUGGCCGUACAGGUGCUGGUAAAUCUUCGUUGACGUUAGCUCUCUUCCGUAUCAUUGAAGCUGCCAACAGCCACUGGGCUAAAGCUAGUCAUAAUGGCGCUGAUCUGGAUGCGGACUUAAGCAAGAAGGAUAUCACCAACGAGAAGGCUGUGGAUACCUCGGAUGUAGAGAAGAUCACUGAUUUAGAGCAAGUCCAGGUCGAGGAAGAUGGUGGAUCUAUCUGGAUUGAUGGUGUUGACAUCUCAACAGUUGGUUUGAAUUAUCUUCGUCAGCACUUAGCCAUCAUUCCUCAGGACCCAACCUUGUUUGUUGGAACUGUCCGUGAAAAUUUGGAUCCAUUUGAGGAAUUGCAGGAUGCAGAUCUUUGGGAGGCAUUGGAGCGCGCUCAUUUGAAGGAACACAUCUCUUCCUUAGCAGGCGGACUAUCUUUUAAGGUCUCCCAAAAUGGUGAUAACUUCUCAGUCGGUCAAAGAUCUCUUAUUUGUCUGGCCCGUGCGUUACUUCGUAAGACAAAGAUUCUGAUCUUGGACGAGGCCACGGCCGCUGUGGAUGUCGAGACCGACGAACUGAUCCAGCGCACAAUUCGAAAGGAAUUCAAAGACCGUACCAUUCUUACUAUCGCUCAUCGUAUCAAGACUGUCAUGGACUCGGACAAGAUCUUAGUUCUUGAAAAGGGUCGUGUUGAAGAAUUUGAGUCACCUACAGUCCUACUUCAACGUCCCGAUUCGUUGUUUUACAGUCUUGCUAAACAGGCUGGAGAGAUCAAGGACACCGAUGACUAAAAAAAAAAAAAUUGACAUUUAUCAUUUGCACGCUUUGCACAUUAUCCAAUACCAUCUAUUUGCUUUUUUUAAAACACCUAAUCAAAAAUACAUUUUUU